AUGUACUCGAUUCGAAGUCUGCCUACAAUGUUGUAUCGAGAAUGUGCCGAGGAGGAUGGGAUAGAGGACAUGACACAACUCGAAGAGCUGCAUGAAGGUGCUGUGUUAUUGAAUUUGAAGAAAAGGUUUGAGCACAAUCUGAUAUACACUUAUAUUGGAAGUAUCCUAGUGUCUGUUAACCCUUACAAGAUGUUCAACAUCUACGGAACAGACAUGGUUCUGCAACACAAAGGGCAUGCGCUAGGAGAGAAUCCACCACAUCUAUUUGCUAUUGCGAACGCCUCUUACACCAAAAUGAUGGAUGCCAAAGAAAACCAGUGCAUUAUUAUCAGUGGGGAGAGUGGGUCUGGUAAAACAGAGACCACAAAGCUGGUUCUCCGCUACUUAGCUGCAAUACAUCACAAACAGCACAUCACACAGCAGAUUCUAGAAGCCACUCCACUUUUAGAGUCAUUUGGAAAUGCCAAAACUGUGCGGAAUGAUAACUCAAGUCGAUUUGGGAAAUACAUGGAAAUAUUCAUGGAAGAAGGUGUAAUCAGUGGUGCCAUAACCUCACAGUAUCUACUUGAAAAGUCCAGGAUUGUGUUUCAGGCCAAAGAUGAAAGAAACUAUCACAUUUUUUAUGAGAUGCUGGCAGGUCUUCCUUCGCAACAAAAGCAGUCUUUUUACCUUCAAGAGGCAGAGACGUACUAUUACCUCAAUCAGGGUGGGGACUGUGAGAUUGCUGGCAAAAGUGAUGGAGAGGACUUCCGCAGGCUCCUCAGCGCCAUGGAAAUACUUCACUUCAGUGCCGAAGACCAGAACAGUAUCUUCAGGGUCCUGUCUUCCAUCCUCCACAUUGGAAAUGUCUUCUUUGAGAGAUAUGAGACUGAAUCUCAGGAAAUGGCAUCAGUUGUGAGUGCUCAGGAGAUCAGAGUGGUGGCUGAACUUCUGCAAAUCUCCCCAGAGGGCCUACAAAAGUCCAUCACUUUCAAAGUAACGGAAACCAUGAGAGAGAAGAUCUACACCCCCCUGACUGUAGAGAAUGCAAUUGAUGCUAGAGAUGCAGUUGCCAAGAUCCUGUAUUCCCUUCUGUUCAGCUGGCUAAUAGACAGAAUAAAUAAGCAGGUUUAUCCUCAGAAUGACGCACUGUCUAUCUCCAUCCUUGAUAUCUAUGGAUUUGAGGAUCUUACCUUCAACAGCUUUGAACAGCUUUGCAUAAAUUAUGCAAAUGAGUACCUUCAGUUCUUUUUCAACAGGGUCAUUUUCAAGGAAGAACAAGAUGAGUAUAACAGGGAGCAGAUCAUCUGGGAAGAGGUGCCUUUCUCUGACAACCAGGCAUGCAUUGACCUCAUUGCUGCAAAGCCUCACGGGAUACUCAAAAUACUUGAUGAUCAGAGCUGUUUUCCACAGGCCACAGACCAUACCUUCCUUCAGAAAUGCCACUAUCACCAUGGCAACAAUCCUCUGUAUUUCAAGCCAAAGAUGCCUCUUCCAGAAUUUACCAUUAAGCAUUAUGCAGGGAAGGUUUCCUAUCAGGUUCAUAAAUUUCUAGAUAAGAAUUAUGAUCAGGUUCGGCAGGAUGUUCUUGACCUUUUCAUCCAGAGCAAAAACAAGAUGGUUGCACAUCUGUUCAUGAGCUACGGUGAGGUCCUCAAGCAGCAGAGGUCUAAUCCUGGGAAAAACAGCACGGUUACACGACGACAUCAAGCUUCAACCGUGGCAGCCAAGUUUCAAAUUUCACUUAUGGAGCUUGUUGAGAAGAUGGAGAGAGCCAACCCAUAUUUUGUGCGAUGCAUAAAGCCAAACCAAAACAAGGAGCCUGCUGCGUUUGACAUGGAGCUAGUGAGUACCCAGCUUUGCUAUUCUGGGAUUUUGGAAACCAUUCGAAUCAGGAGAGAAGGCUAUCCAAUAAGAAUUCCCUUUGAUGUCUUCCUUUUCAGAUAUAAGUCACUGUUGGGCCUCAAACAGCCUCCUCCUGCCAAUGGUGAAAACUGUGUCAUCAUGUUGGGCAAGCUUUGCCCUUUGAAGCCUGGAGCAUUUCAAGUGGGUCUCACCAAGUUGUUCAUGAAAGAGGAUGUAUAUUUCCUGUUGGAGAGUAAGAGGGACAGAGUCAGGCAUGUAGCUGCGUUGACUCUGCAGCGUUACACAAGGAUGUUCUUCGUGAGAAAACGCUACACGGACUUCCGCAUGAAGAUCAUACGGUUGCAGGCUCAUUGCAGAGGCUUUCUUGCAAGGAAACGGUAUAUGAAAAUGAGAGCUAGUUUGGUGAAAUUACGCUCUCUGGUCCAUAUGUACGUUGACCGCAAGCGGUACAUUAAGCUGAGAUAUGAGGCCAGGAGGAAGGCAGAAGAGGAGCAGCGGAGAAUAGAAUUGGAGCUGUCAAGACGAGAAGUGGUCAACGUCACUCAUCUUGUCAUUCCAGCUGAACUCGGAGCAUUGCUGCAGGCAGCUGCGGGCGGUAGAGAGCUUCAUUCUGACUGCCUGGCUCUGGUUAAAGCUCCGACUGUACAGGUUGAGUCCCAGCUCACGCUGCCUCUUGACAUCAACAACAACACUGUCUCUAAACUUGUCCAGAUUUACUUCAAAGAGCCAAAGUUUGGAAUGUUAACGGCACCCUUGAAGGCACCACUAACCAACAUUGAGGAUGAUCUUACACACGAGGCUCUAGACAUGUUUGUCAUGAUCUUGAGGUUUAUGGGUGACCCACAUCUGAAUGGAGCCCAGGAGAAUUUGUUUGGAAACUACAUAAUCCAGAAGGGACUCACCAACCCUGGUUUGCGGGAUGAAAUUUUGUGUCAAAUUGCCAAUCAGGUUUGGAGAAACCCCAAUCCGGACAAUUCAGAGAGGGGAUGGCUGCUGCUGCUAGCCUGUCUGAGUGCAUUUGCACCGUCCGCUAAAAUGGAGAAAUACCUUUUGAAGUUUGUCUCAGAUCAUGCAUAUAAUGGAUACAAAGCUGUCGGCCAGCACAAGCUAGUACAGGCUAUGCAGAAGUCGCUGUAUGGUCCAGAAACAGCCAGGACAUACCCACUGUCACUGCUGGAAUGGACAGCCAAUAGGAAGAAAGCUAACAUGGUUUUGCAAGUGCACUGUUUUGAUGGUACAUCUUUCUUGUGCCCUGUGCACUCAUGGACGAGCGGAGAGGAGUUGGCUGCAGAUGUUCUACAGCACAGGGGUGUGACGGAGGCUUGGAGGGGCUGCUCUGUUAUCAUGAAGGAACACGGACAGUGGGCGGAGCUUGCAGGACACGAUUAUGUCAUGGACUUGAUUGCAGACAUGGAGCUGAUGAGAAAUUUUCCAAAGCAGAAGUCUUACUUCAUCAUCUCAGCUGAGAGCCCCAACAGGACCAGGCCCAAUGCUGGACUGGCUCUGUUUGGAAGUGGAUUCGAUUCAGAUGAUGACAGCUCAUUUCUGCUCCCCCAGCCUAUGCCGAACUCCAACCUCCCAGAUUCAGAUGGAUAUUGCAGCCACGAAUCAGACUUCAGCGAGGCUCCAAAUCAGAAAGGCAUGGAUAAAUAUCUUGACAGCCUGUUUGAUCCAGUGUUAUCUGAUGUUAAUGGGGAUACGGAGAAGUCAUCCAGCAUGUCUAGCCGAAUGAAGGGAGCUGGUGGGAUUGGAGGAGAGGACGAUGACCUGGAGAAGCCCCUCACCAACAGACCGUAUCCCCCAGGACUGCAGCCUGGUGCGGUGCCAGUUCUACCUGUUAUGGGAGGAACAAUGAUGCCACCCAUACCUAUGCCAGCUUUGGCCUCUGUGCCACGUGCACCUGCCCCCACCUCCGUGCCUUUGGUUCCCCCAAUGCCUUCAAUGCCAGCUAUGCCAGCUUUCCCUGCUAUGCCGCCUUUGCCAGCUUAUCCUAAUGUCCCACCGAUGCAUGAUAUGUCAGGCGUAGAUCCAGCUGUCUUAGCACAGCAGCAGCAAGCCAUCAUCAACCAGCAAGCCAUCAUACUGGCUCAGCAGAUGACAAUGCAAGCCAUGGCCCUCCAGCAGCAGAUGUAUAAUUCAGUGCACCACACACCCAGUGAGCCCAUGCCAGCUCCACGUUCUAGCCAAUCUAGUCCAACUAAGCAGGAAACCGGAUAUUCUUCAUAUAAACCAGCCUCCCCAACACAGAAAUCUUCACCACGGCAGCACACCCUGACUAGGAGGGAAUCACCAACAGAAGUUGUGAGAUCCACCGUCUCAAACUCAGAACAUUUACAACCAAGUCAUAACAUCAAAGACAUCAUCAAACAGUAUCAGGCCAACCCUGUAAAACCAGUAGAGCCUCCAAAAAGGGACGCUAAAGUGUUUCUGAAGAAACCUAACCCUCAUGAUGAGGCGAUGAUGAUCCUUAAGGACCAGAUGAGUGAUCCACCUGCACAGAGAAAGAAGGUCUAUGCUCCAGUCUCUUCCUCAUCAUCUGCAAAAGAAUUUGACUAUGAUGGUGGACCACUGAAACCAGCAAAGAGCAUCAAGACAAAGAGAUCGCCUCCUGUACCAGCUGUCAGUCAGAGAUUCCCGGCCCCAACUCCUGUAUCCAGAGAGCUGCCGGUUGAAGAGGAGAAUGUUCAGACUCAACUGCACAAGAGGAGCAGUGAGGAACACUACACUUACACUAAUGUACCCUGGAAAAUCUACCUCAGGAAAGAGGUUUUUUAUCCGAAAGACAGCUUCAAUCACCCACUGGUUCUAGACCUCUUGUUUAAGCAGAUUGUUCAUGACACAUUCUCUGAGGCUUGCAUUCGCAUCACAACAGAAGAGAGGCAGACUAUGAAAUCCCUCUUUGCUGAACACAACAUCGACAUCAAUGCCACUAUCCAAGAUGAGAAUGUUAAGAAGAAGACUGUGGUUGCUGCACGAGACAACUGGGAGAUCUACUUUUCACGCCUCUUCCCAGCAUCUGGCAGUGUUGGCACAGGCGUCCAAGUGCUGUCUGUGUCUCACAGGGGGAUCAAGCUUUUAAAAAUGGUCAGGAGCAGCGCAGUAGCCCCAGAUUACUUCAGAGUUCUUCGACCUUAUAGCUACACAGAUAUCUUGUUCGUCACCAUUCCCUCCAAGAACAUGCUGGAGUUCAACCUUACCAACGAGAAACUGAUUCUAUUUUCCGCAAAAGCUCCUCAGGUCAAAACCAUGAUCGACUACUUCAUCACGGAGUUGAAAAAGGACUCAGACUAUGUAGUUGCUGUGCGUAAUUACGUUACAGAUGACAGAACCCUGCUUAGUUUUCACAAGGGAGACAUCAUACGUCUGCAAAAAAUGGAAGGGCUGGAUGCAGGCCAGAGUUAUGGUUGCAUAGUGAAAAAGAAGGUGAUCCUCCUGGAGGAAUUGAAAAGAGACACACCUGAUUUUGGCUGGAAGUUUGGAGCCAUUCAUGGGAGAUCUGGGGUCUUUCCUGUGGAGUUUGUGCAGCCUGUGGCUGCUCCUGACUUCAUUAACAUUCCUGUGGACAAGAAAGAAGAACCUAAGAACAAGCAGAGUCGUGUGGCCGCCUCGGCUGCCAUUGCUGUGGCUGUGGGAUCUGCUGCUGCUGCUCAUGAACUGGACCGCUUCAUUGAGGUGGCGUCUCCUGUCAGUGAGUACGCAGAAUCCUUCACAGAAGGUGCUGAAUUGGACAUUGAUGAAAGAAUCUUAAAGGACGGCCAGUACAGCAUGGUGGAGUUUGCCAAGAAAUAUUUUAGAGGGGCCCAUGGAAUAGACGGUGAUUCAUACAAGAAAAAGUCAAAGAAAGGAAAGGAAUCCAGGGACCCGGCAGAAAUGGUGAAAUUCUCCAAGUCUCCUAUUCAAGAAUCCCUGAUCGAGUUCACGGAUGCAAACUUGAACAAAGUAGCUGCUGAGAUCUUUAUUGCUAUAAUGAAGUUCAUGGGGGACUACCCGAUGAAAGGCCAGUUGGAGCAAGAUGUUGUUGCUACAAUACUAAGGUUGAGUGGUGAGUUUGGGCUAAUGAGAGACGAAGCUUACAGCCAAAUCCUCAAGCAGAUUACUGGGAACACCAGCUCCAAAACGGAGAGCUGUCAGAAGGGUUGGAGGUUGCUGUACAUCUUCACAACAUACUACAAAUGUUCAGAAGUGCUCAAACCAUACCUGCUUAAAUACCUUCAAGAUGUCUGUGCUAGCCAAGGGGUUCACUAUCAAGGAAUUGCUAAGGCUUGUGAGCAGAAUCUAAGGAAGACUUUCCAGUAUGGGGGACGUGUCGAGUACCCUAAUGGCAUGGAGCUAAAAGCUAUACUGGCUGGACGGAGCUCCAAGCGCCAGCUGUUUCUUCUUCCUGGUGGAAUUGAACGACAUCUGAAAAUUAAAACUUGCUCAGUGGCUUUGGAUGCUAUUGAAGAACUGUGCUAUGAGAUGAGUCUGCAUAAACUCGAGGCCUUGGACGAGUAUGCUAUAUUUGUGGUCACAAACAGAGGUCAAAAUGUCCGCCCACUAAACAAAAGGGAGUACAUUUUAGAUAUUGCUACAGAGUCGGAAAAUGUUGAUAGCAACUAUGGUCUGUGGUUUCGAAGAGUAAUCUGGACACAACCACUGAAGUUUGACAAUGAGAUUGGAGUGACUGUGCAUUACAAUCAGGUUUCCCCUGACUAUUUAAAAGGUCUUCUCAAUGUUAUUCCUCACGGUAAAGCCAGUGAGCAGCAGCUUCAACAAGCUUCAAAACUGGCAGCUCUGCAACAUCGUGCCAAGGACUCCAUCUACCUCCCCACACUCCACGAGGUUCAGGAAUAUAUUCCCUCCCAGCUCUAUGGGUUUAUGCGGGCCCAGCAGUGGCUGAACAUGGUGACCCAGCAUAUGCAGCAGGUGCAGCCCCUCAGUCCUCAUCAGGCCAGAGCUCAAUUUCUGGGGCUUGUCAGUGCUUUCCCAAUGUUUGGCUCGUCAUUCUUCUACAUUCAGAGCAGCAGCAACAGCGCUAUCGACACGCCGUGCAUACUGGCUGUCAAUCAAAACGGCCUGAACUUUCUGAGCAAAGCCACUCAUGAGGCAAUGGUGAAGUUCCCACUGAAGGAGGUGCAGUCCACCCGUACACAGAGACCCACAGCUGGCUCCAGUUACCCAUAUGUGGAGAUAAUGCUGGGUGACCUAAUGUCUCAACGCAUUACACAGUUACAGCUGGACCAGAGUCUUGAACUGUGCCGUGUCAUCGCCAUGCAUAUGGAGAAUCUGCUUUCAGUACGGGAAAAGAGGCUAACCUUGCCUCCCAGUGAAAUUACUCUGCUUUAGAUCCUUCUUACAGAUGUUAUUUAUUACAGAUUUUAUUGCAAUAAUUGUAAUUGGACAUAAUUAAACCCUUCACAUCAAAACACGCCUAACAUUUUUAAUAUUCCACAUUUGUCUGAUUGGGAUUUCAAAGGCAAAUUCCAGGAUAAGCUUUCCAUUUAUACGCAUUUUUUUGGGUUCAACAUAUGGCGCCAUAAUUUAAAACAGCAUCAUUACUACCUCUAGUUUUGA